UCGUCUUUAAAACUGAGACUUGUUUCGUUGAAGCAACUUCCGCAAUGACUGGCGAGGCAGUGGCAGUGUGCGCUUGAUUUGUUUUCUGAAUGCCUGUUGGAAGGGUGGAGAUCACACUUCGCAGCGGACCGCUUGUCGGCGAGGUGACUGCGAAAAUACCAUUUAUCUUGUUGACAACAUAUGAGACCGCAGUAGCAGGGGUACCGGUGUAGAUACCGGGAAUCGAGGAAGUGUCCCACCAUGGCUGUAUCGCGAACAGAGGCUGCGGACAGUGGGGUCGUUCGGAGAAUGUGGUCCGCUCUCGGUUCUCACAGUCUGCUUAGCGGCGUGUGGAGCUUUAUGGGUACCACAGUGAGGUGGUGGUGGAUCCCUGACUGGUUGCCAUCGUGGUGUCCGACUUCCCAAAGCCAGCUGAAGUCUGCUGAAGAACAAAUGUUGAGAUGUGUUGUCAGCAACAUCUGUAAGCAGUACAUCCAGAUCUCCAACAACAACUCUCUCUGGACUCUAACCAUUUGCACUGACCAAGUAAAGGACAAAACACCCUUGGUUCUCCUCCAUGGAUUCGGAGGUGGAGUGGGUCUCUGGGCACAGAACCUGGAUGCGCUGUCGAUGUGUCGGCCUGUCUUCGCUCUGGACCUGCUGGGCUUCGGCCAGAGCAGUAGACCUGUUUUCUCUUUGCAUGCCCAGGAAGCUGAGGAGCAAUUUAUAGAAUCCAUAGAACAAUGGAGAGCCAAAGUAGGUUUGGAGACCAUGGUGCUGCUCGGCCACAACCUCGGUGGAUACCUGUCGAUAUCUUAUGCUAUCAAAUACCCUGAGAGAGUAAAGCACAUUGUCCUUGUGGAGCCCUGGGGCAUCUCUGAGCACCCAGACACAGUGGAGACGGAUCGCCCCAUUCCUGUGUGGAUCAAAGCCCUGGGAGCCAUGUUCAGCCCUUUCAAUCCGCUGGCUGGCCUGCGACUUGUGGGACCACUGGGUCCUAGUCUGGUCCAGACACUAAGGCCCGAUUUCAAGAGGAAGUUCUCAUCCAUGUUCAAUGACAACACCGUGGCCGAGUACAUAUACCACUUAAAUGUCCAAAGCCCCAGUGGAGAGACAGCUUUUAAGAACAUGACUCUUCCCAAUGGCUGGGCCAAGAGACCCAUGCUGCCGAGAAUUGAGCAGCUCUGUGCCUCCAUUCCCAUCGCCAUCAUUUAUGGCUCGCGCUCCAGCAUCGACAGCAACUCUGGCAGCUUGGUGAGAGACAAGAGGCCAAAUUCCCAUGUGGACAUAAUAACAAUCCGUGGAGCGGGACACUAUGUUUAUGCUGACCAGCCAGAAGACUUCAACAGCAGAGUUCUGCAGGUGUGUGACAAAGUGGACUAAAGCAGCUGUCAGGUGGAUUCUGGAACACAGUAUUUGGGACCAGUUCCUGCCCGGCACAGUCAGGGAAGAGAACACGGACCAAACACACACACACACUACUUCUAAUGUGGAUUUCAACCGGACUGGGAUCAACAGUGCGACAUUAGUAGUGUUGUCCGGCACAUGCUGGUGCCACAUACGGCUCUGUGGUUUGACUUGCAGUAACGCGACUCUGAUGUUCCGUCAGAGCCACCUUACUUUACUACCUCUUGAAGACAUAUUUGCUCUGUCUUCCAUAGCUUUGCUCAAAUCUUGCUUUUGCUUAACUCUAUCUUAACACUCAGUAACCUCUGAGGAGAUGCACCCCAAACAUAAACUAACAAUAAUAUUUUUAUACUUCUCCACGCCUCAAACAAUACCAUGAAUAUUCUUGUAUAUAGUCUAAAACAUAUUUGUGCUUUCAACAUUUGAUCAUGUAAUAUUUACAAAAUGUCACUUGUGUUUUCUCACAUUGAGAAUGAAACAACCCAACAUUGUUUGAUUGAGGAUUGUUCUGUCUGAGAACUUUCAUUUUAAUAAAACU